AUGGGUUGGUUCAGCGACGACUCCGAGCAGGCAAACUCCUACCAGGAAUACCAAAGCACCAAGCAUGAGUCCAGCUUCUCUCACGAAUUGAUUGCCGGUGCCGCAUCCUACGAAGCUGCUAAGGCUUAUGAGCGCCACUGCGAGGCGAAUGGCCAGCCCGCCAGCCACGCAGAAGCCAAGGAGCUCUUGGCCGGAUUUGCAGGUGCUUUCAUUGACCGUGAAGUCGAGACCCGAGGAUUGGACUUCAUUGACUCCGAGAAGGCCAAAUACGAGGCCCGCAGACACAUUGACAGCGUCUCCGCCGGUGAUGCUGGAUACUAA